AUGUUCAGACUCUCGAGCACCUCGAGCAACCCGUUCCUGCCUACCGCAGAAGACAGCUCUCCGGUGACAAGAUCAAGGUGUACUGCUCCUGGCUGUCAGGAGUUUGCCGCCAGUGGCUAUCCAGCAUGCCUCUUUCAUAUGCAGCCAGUCUCCCCGAAACUAUCCAAAAGCCUAGCCUGGCAGCAUGCGCCGGUUGUAUCGCAAACGAAUGGGCGCCUUCCGGAGGGAGUAGCGCACAGUCGGAAGCAAUUGGAUGCAAAGGUGACCGCGAGGAAGUCCAUUGCGGCUAAGCCAGCAUUCUUGCUUACGGCUUCCAAACCGAACGGCAUCAGGCUCAAUGGUAGCAGCCAGGCCGCAGUGAAUCGAGUAGUGACCAACGGCACUCAUCUCUCACCGAAGCCAUCUCUCCUGCGACAGAUACACCCAGAGUCUCCUGAGACGCCCUCAAGGAAGAGGCAGCGCAUGACAUCGCCAGGGAACGACGAGUUCAGCCCAAGAGUCUCGCAGCGGAACUUUGAAUUACCAUCAAGAGAACGGAGUCCGCCAUACGGCAACCUACCUGCCAGGAAUUUCGGCUCACCCUUGCUAAAUGGAAGCAACGGCCUCUUGUAUUCAGACAAGGACAAAGGGAGGAUAGCAGGGCAUGCUCCUCGACUUGAUACCAACCACGCCCAACAACCGCUUAAUGAAAUAAGUUUUGACUUCGGACCUGCUACAACGCCCCUGAGAAAUGCAAGCAGCAACGACGCGCGGAAGGUUGGACUGGGUGGUUCGUUUCCGGAGCCGACCAUUCUGAGCCACACCGACUGGCGCUCACCGAGCGCGCGCAACAGCAUAGCCCCCGAGAGACAAAGUCGCGGACCGGCCCCGAUAAAGGCGCGAAAGAGCCAUAAGGUUGCUAAAUCCGCCUACGGAGGGCUGAAGCCGGUAAUCCGGACUCCGCCGCUCGAGAAGCAACGGCAGCGGCUCACAGAAACCCAGGAUAUCUCGGCUUUAGACAGGUUCGUUUACGGGCAGGAGGGUUCGUCUCAGCCACCUCCAGGGGUUAGGACAACGGCAGAGCACGAGCCGGCGAAGCGUGAAAACGUCUUCUACGGACAUAUAGACCCGCGAACACAUUGGACGCGGCCCCGCUCGGAUGAAUGGUACGAGAGGAAGGAAGAGGAGAUCAAGGCUCGCGGAGGACGUAAAGCCAACUUUGGAAAAGCAGCGCAACGGAUGAGAGAGCAGAGGCUGAAGGAGGAUCCUGGCGAAUGGGAAGAGAGCUUGCCAGAACGCGUCCGCAGCGACGAGGCGUGGCUCGCUGCGAUGCGAGAUCAUCACAGCCGAACCCACGGUGUCGGGCCUUAUCAUACGCCUCAGCCCAGUGAACAACAGCCGCCCGUCAGAAAGAAGCGAGCGUACAGGAGACGAAAUCAGGGCGUGGUACCCCCAGUUGUUCCAGAAUCGUCUGGCACGGCAGCCCGCGUGAACUCGCAAACCUCCAACGCUGUGCCGGGAUUGCAGCCAGCGGCGGGCUUAAACAGCAACCCAAGGUUGCUGAAGAAACAAACGGAACCUUCCAUAUGA